AUGCCAGAAAAUAGGAAUUCGCCAGCAGCGUCUUCCUCUAAGAUAACUGAGGGAGAAGCUGAUCUCUAUCUCGACCAAUAUAAUUUCACAACCACCGCUGCUAUUGUUGGCUCAGUAGAUCACAAAAUCUUCGUUCUUCUGCGUGAUGGUCGCAUGCUAUUUGGAAUUUUGAGAACCUUUGACCAAUAUGCCAAUCUAAUCCUACAGCAUUGUGUGGAAAGAAUAUACUUCACGGAGGAAAACAAGUACGCAGAGACUGACCGCGGAGUGUUUAUGGUACGUGGUGAAAACGUAGUGAUGCUAGGUGAGGUUGACAUAGACAAAGAAGACAAACCGCUAGAAGCAAUGGAGCGCAUCUCGUUUGAUGAGGCGACUGCUAUAAAGCAACAGCGUGAUGAAGCAAGAUUCAAGAUGGAGACACGGAAAGGGAAACAAUUAGCACAAUAUGGGCUAAUUCAUGAUUUCCAUAAGUCGGAUAUAUACUAG